UUGCAGCUCUAAUUAUUUUAUCUUUACUUCUAAAUGGUCCAGUUGUUGCCACCUUGCUCUCCACAGUCGUUUCCUUCCGCUCUACCUGGAUCCAGUGUUUCUUUGCUAGCUCAUCCAGAUGUACUGUACAUUGUUAACAGCAGUUCUCAUAAAAUUAGGCAGCGUCAUCAACAUACUGGUCACAACAGGAGCCUGAACCAAACAUCAUCGUUUAAAACAAAUGAAGUGUAGUGGCCAUCUUUGACCUGGCUCAGCUGCUUCCACCAGGAGUUACUUUAAAACCCACCCAGCCUGAUGCGAUAGCCACAUGUGGGCUCAUCUCUGGUUGUCUGGCACCAGAAUGCAGCUGAGACUGGGCCACAGUGGGCCCGAGUCAGCUGGAGACUGGUGAUGCAUGCUGGUACAUGUAGGCUUGGCUAAGUGGAAGGACACUAAUAUUUAUCAGUACACAUGUAUGAAUGUAGUUCUAAUGGACUACAGAGACCAUCAGCAGAGAGUGGACUUCCUCUCCAACUGCUGGCGAGAUUUUCCUUUAAAAAUCUGGAGGAGGACGUGUUGGUGCCCAGUGGUGAAACGAAGGAGAGAGAGCGUAGGCCGCCGUCUCUGGCUCUGUUAAAGGAACAGUUUAGCUUUUUCUCUCAGGAUGUCUGGGGGUGAACCAGCAGGAAGCCAGCUGGUGUCGGUGGACUUUGAAAUCUUUGGUUACGUUCAGGGAGUUUGUUUCCGGAUGUACACAGAGAGGGAGGGUCUGCGUCUCGGCCUGGUCGGCUGGGUGAAGAACACCUAUGGUGGGACGGUGGUAGGACAGGUCCAGGGUCCUGCAGACAUGGUGGAGGAGAUGAAGGUGUGGUUGAGUAAAGAAGGAAGUCCGGGCAGUCGGAUCACAAGAGCCUCCUUCAAAAACCAGAGAAGCAUCGACAAGCUGGAGCUGUCCGGCUUCAAGACUCGCUUCUGACCAACUAAUCAAACGCACCCUGAAGAGCUGCUUCUGCUGUGCACACCUGUUUGAUAGCUGUAAUGUUUCAUGUACCAGCUCCUCAGAUCUGUUAAAUGGCACAUUGGAGCAGGAGACGUCGUCUCAGGAUUGAGUUUGGUCGCUGGGAGCUGAGUGUGUUUCUGUCAGAUAAAUAAAUAUAUGGUCAUGUUUUAAGUUUAUGUCUAAGAAACAUGUUCUACUGAAGCAGGUGAAACACUACAUGUAUAAAUUAUAGGCAGUCAGUAUGUUGUACUUUGUACUGUAGAUAAAUGUCCUGGUUAAGACUGGUGCCCUCUGUGCGCUCCUUAAAAGAAUGCUCGGCAUGCUGGGAAAUAUCCUUAUUAACCUUGUUGCUGAGAGUUCAAUGAGGCAGAAAGCAGCCGCCUACAGUAGCGUGGCAUUAUCUAGCUACGCUGCUAUAUUUUCGAGAGACUUCUCGGCUCGCUGCGUGGACUCACAGCUGAUCAGAUUAGGAUUUUACAUUAAACCAGAAGCUUAAAAUUAAACCAGUGGCUCCCAACAUUUUGUUUUCUGACCUCAGAACUACGAGCUCAGUGUGGAGUCUGAGCUGCGAGCAGUUCCACCAAGCAGACUGUUAGGUUUGAAUGACCCCGUGACCUUUUCUUUCACACCCUCAGACUGACUCCAAGAACAGCUGUUGUAUGUCCAUGUAUCACUUCAGGUUUCUAUCAGAGCUGCAGGUUUAAUCUGCACUGCACCUUGAAUUUCACCACUUAUUACGCUUGACAAACCGUGAAUAUAAUGACCAAUUCAGGCCAGGAAACAUGAAAUGAGCAGCUGGAGAUGGCUGCCACAUUCGCCCUUCAUCGCUCCCUCUGCUCCUUCCCAGUUACAACAGCCUCGAGUUGUUGGUCAGGUUGCUGGUUUGAAUCCCCGGCCUGUGUGCCUGGAACAAACAUACCCACAAUCAUGUUGUUACAUAACGACAAGUCACAUGACCUGACCACCUGCUCCCUGGUCCAAUUAAAUCACAGCCAUAUCCCCUGAUCGGCUGCCAUGGCAACAGGCUCAACAACAAAACCCUGAGACGGCAGGAACAACAGAGCUCUCACUCA